AAUGACAUUUUAUAUUGUACAGUGAAUUAUUUGCAGUGUAAACUGUGUCAUUUAGAAAUAAAAACCACAUCAUAAAAAAAGGCCAGAAUCCCUUUAACUAAACGGAACAUGACGAGUCCGUGACUCAACAGACUGAGCAGCACAUAACCCGCUCCCAUCAGGACCAGCAGCAUCUGUACUUCAUGGCCUCGCCCACUUGCUUUAUUUCUCAUUCCUGUUGGCUACACAGUAAUCAGUUAUUCAAUCGGAUCCUCCUUAUUGGCUGGAAUCUAGUUGCCCCGGCAACGGCAAGCUAUUUCAAAGACUUCCUAACGCGCUUUCCGAAUUGCAAACUGUGACACUUCAGCGGCUUCGGAGACGCGGCUCUAAACUAGCUGUCAUUGGUCAGACUGCUUGUCGCUCAGAAGACAGGACUACUGGUUUCCGCAGCAACCGCCAUCAUUGGACAGUCUAGUUCCGCUUUGCAAGUCAGGAUUGGUUGCAGGGAGGAAGGCGCCGCGUGUGACAGCGGCCAUUUUUGUUACUGGUGGUGAGUCACUAGGGCGUGGCGCCGUGCCCGAGCCUCGCUCCCCCCAUCUCUGUAUUGUUAUCGCUGCUGCCUGGUCUCCGCCUCUUUCUGCCGCUCACACGGGUGCGCACUUGUCUCUCAGCAGCUUCACUUUCUCCUCCGCCGCCGCCGCAAUGGAAGCGCAAUCGUCGGACAUUUCAUCGAGUCACGAGCCGGGGGACACGAAGCCCUUGGAGGAUUUGGAUGACGUGUUGGACCUGACUGGGGGAGCCGGACAAUUCUCUCACACGUUCCCGUCCCGGCACAUGGAGGAGAAGGAGGAGGAGAAUGAGGAGGAGGAGGAGGAUGAGAAGAGCUGGAAGGAGAGUCUGGAGGCCUCGCCUGUACUGGAAGAUCCCGGCAGCACCUCCGGCUCCAGUCCGACCCCUCACUCACCCCCCGAGCCCAGCGCCCCCACAGAGGAGCCCGAGAGACCCCCAGCGACAUGUACCGCCCCCUCCUCUUCUCUGGAUGAGAACCUUUUCCCUCUUCCUGCUGCAUCUGCGCAUCUGAUGCACCUCUCUGCAGACAAAAUAAUGGAGCCUUCUAGCACUGUAUCUACUGGCCAAGAGGACUUUGCAUCUGUGCUGCUUCAGUCUACUGCCUCCCUCUCUUCUUUGCCUUCUCUGUCCUCUAAAGAGCAUGUACAAACUGUCGCUUUUUCUACUGGCUUAGCUGCCAAUGAAGCUUUGCAAGAACCCACCGAUAACACGUAUAGCGCGUCCAGGUCAUUAAUAGACCAUUUAGAAACGAAAGCUUUAGACCAAUUUAAGGAAGAGGUGAUCUUUUCUGACAAGGGUUAUGUAGUUGAGCAUCCAACAUCUCAGCAAGAGACCAUCUCUGAAGAGCAUGCCAAGUUGUAUUCCCAGUCUGCUAAAGAAAUGUUUUCAGGUAUGCUUCAGUCUGUUGCUCCUCCGCAUGAAGAGUUUACCGAUAUCAAGGAAGUAGAUUAUCAGUACGUUGACUUUAAACCGUUCAUAAGUUCAAAUUCACGUGAUAUUGGCUAUGAAGUGAAAGAUGUUGCAGAAAAAUUUGACGUUGGCCGUCUAAACUUAGAAAGCACGGCAAAGUAUGAGGAGAAAUCCAGUGAAGAAAAGGAAAUGGACAUUUCAGAUGAUAUUUCUCCAUUGACACCUGAAGUUUUAUCAGAUUCCACAGACUAUGAGAUGUUUGCAACUGUGGAGCAUAGCUUCCCUUUUUCUUUGGGGGGAAGCCGUGUGGCUGGAAAUAAAACAGAUGAAAAAAAGAUUGAAGAUUUUCAAGCCCAGAAAACCUCCGUGGGUUUUGGUUUGAAAGUGGCAACGGUAAAUCCAUUCUAUGAUGAAUCGGCCCAAGAAAGUGAGUAUGUUACAACUGGAGCAACACAGGUCCAGGUUUCCACCAAAGCAGAGGGACCUACACCAGAUAUUGUACAAGAAGCCUAUGAGAGUGAGGCCUAUGAUACUGGCAUAUCAAAGCUAAACUAUGAACCAAAUAUUGAUUUAGUCCAGACAGCUGCUACUUCCAUGCAGGAAAAAGUCAGCCCUACAGCCCAAGUUCCCGCACUCCUCGAAGACUCGGUCUCUUCACCAGUUCUGCCUGAUAUUGUCAUGGAAGCACCUUUGGCUUCUACUCUGUGUUUAGAAACAAUGGCUCUUAAACCUGAUAUAUCUCCAGUGCGUAUUCAGCCUCCAGCCCGAGAUGAAAAGACCAAGGCUGAACCUGAAAAGCCACCAUCCUAUGAAGAAGCUGUAACUGAAGUGUUACAAGAUCAGGACCCCGCUGCUGCUGCUGAUUUAGGGGACUCCAAACAAAGAGCAGUGGUCGAAGAAGCUGAAGCACCCUAUAUAUCCAUAGCCUGCGACUUAAUAAAGGGAACCCAAUCUGCUGCCUCCGACUUUACAGAGUUUUCUAAAUUUAAGCAGCAUGAGUUUGAUUCACAGUUUAUGGAGCCCUCCGAUGAAAGUUCACCAGAUUCUGAGCUUAGCGAACCUUCUUACAAGCAAUGGGAUUCUGAAGUUGUCCGCAAAGAAACUUUCUCUAUUAAAACAGAAAGUGCAAUGGCACAAAGCUUCGUUAUUCCAGAACAAAAACCAGGAAUCGAUCAAAAAUCAGAAGAGUCUUCUCCAUCCAAACCCUAUUUAGACUCUUUCCAGCCUGAGAUUUAUGUUUCUAAAGCUACUGAUCUCUUUGCAAAGGGACUAGAUACAGAGAUAUCUAUCCCGCAAGAGAGGCAUCUACAUAUGGAAGAGUUUGAUGAAGGUCUCUAUUCUUCAAAGUUGCCUGGUUCAAAAUAUUCGCCAGUCAGUGAGAGUCCAGAGUUCAGACUCUCCCCAGAAGAGCUGACUUCUAAACAUGAGGAAAUUCAGACGCACAUUGCCAAGCAACCCGAGGACCAGCUUCAGAAAAAUAAAGACAAACUUGACUUUCUACCAGAAAACAUAGAAUUUACCCCAAUUGUUCAGAAGGCUGAUGACUUUGGCAAAGCUGUGUCUGAUACUCAUGGUGGAGUAGAUACCACUGCUAAGGGUGCUUCAGCGGUUCAUGAAGAAAAAGUCACUAAACCCGAACCCCCUUCAAAGAAAGAUGAGGUUUCCAAACUUCCCAAAAAAGAAAGCAAAGCUCCCUCUUCUACGGUUCCCUCAUCAGAUUUCAGGAAUUCAGUUGUGGAUCUGAUUUACUGGCGGGACAUUAAGAGAUCUGGAGUGGUGUUUGGGGCGAGCUUGUUCCUCCUGCUGUCUCUGAGUGUGUUCAGUAUUGUCAGUGUACUCGCUUAUAUUGCCCUGGCCCUGCUCUCCGUCACCAUCAGCUUUAGGAUAUACAAAGGGGUUCUACAGGCCAUCCAGAAGUCUGAGGAAGGACACCCAUUCAGGUCCAUCUUGGAGUCCAACCUGGCGCUGCCGGAGGACGUGGUCCAGAAAUACUGCACCGUGGCCCUGAAUCAGGUCAAUCGCACAGUCGCUGAGCUGCGGCGCCUCUUCCUCGUGGAAGACUUGGUGGAUUCCCUCAAGUUUGCAGUAUUGAUGUGGGUCUUCACUUAUAUCGGUGCCUUGUUUAAUGGCCUGACCCUCCUCAUUGUGGCUCUCAUUUCCCUGUUCAGUAUUCCUGUUAUUUAUGAAAGGCAUCAGACUCAAGUGGAUCACUAUCUGGCGCUGAUAAACAAGAACCUGAAAAAUACUUCAGACCUGAUUUUGGCUAAAGUCCCGGGGCUGAAGCGCAAAUCAGAAUAGAGUGAAAUGCGCCAGACGAGUGCCGCAGUAUCAAUAGGAGCCUGAGCAUUGGGGUAACGCUGCCGGGGUCGGGGGCACCUUCACCCCUUGGGGCAAUUUCACAGAUUUUUAUUUUUUUUUUGGUUCUAACUUUUUGGUUUUUUUUAAGCAGCGGCGCAGUGUCUAUGGCAGAAUAAAUGCGACCGCUUUACUGGCACGUGUUUCAUUGUGACUAUUGUGAGGUGUUUGGGUUCCACACUCUCCCUCGUGCUGUAUAUUGUGCUUCCUCCUGCACUCUGAGUGUGAGUGGCCACUCACUAGAGACCACAUUCAGUGCCCAAUGGAGAUGCAAGUGUUCUAGUCGCUCUCUUGUCAUUUCCCCGCAGCUUCACUCACACUCACGAUGAUGAUGAUAAUAACGAAUUUGUAUUUGCCGUUCUAAGCGCUAGCUCUGUAGCCCAGACGUGUCCAGCAAAGCCUAUUCCUAGAAACACUAUUAACAAAUAUUGUGUCGGGUUUUGCACACGGAGAGUCACUUUUCCUGUGAAACGAGAAACAAAUGAUACAAAUUUAUGUGAAACUUUGUGUUGCAACAACGUGACUUGUGUAAUAACAGCUGCUGAAAUGCGCCGACGCAACUCUUGGAAUGCACCGUGAUCUGUACAACCAGCAACCAAUAAAUGCUUGUAGACCUUAA